ACAACGUUGUCUCAGUCCACUGCUUCAAAUUUUAGCCAUUAAGAAACCGCCACGUGGCUGUUCUCUUCUUAUUGUCCUUCUCUGUUCUCAGAAGGAAAGACUUUCUUUUCUUUUUUCUUUUUUGGACAGUCCACUGUGGCUAGAGAGAGAGUUUGUGCUUACUUCUCAUUCUCCUACUAAUAAUACUCUUUUAGCCCAAUAAGCUUUACAGCUUUUUGCAUUGCAGAUUCAGAGACUUUCAAAAAUCCAUAGAGAUGCCUCACGCAAGCAAGUAGACACAAAAGAGAGAUUAUAUUUAUACAUAUAUAAACAUACUGUUGUUGUAUAGAAUAUAUACAAAUACUAGUUGGAUUCAAUCUUGUUAAGGCAGAAUCUCAGUAUUUUUUGGUGACAAUGGAGCGAUAUGAGGUACUGAAAGAUAUUGGGUCUGGUAACUUUGGUGUGGCCAAACUGAUUAGAGAUAAAUGGAGUGGUGAGCUCUAUGCUGUCAAAUUUAUUGAGAGAGGCCAAAAGAUUGAUGAGCAUGUACAGAGGGAGAUAAUGAAUCACAGGUCUUUGAAGCAUCCUAAUAUUAUAAGAUUUAAGGAGGUUUUGUUAACUCCAACUCAUUUAGCCAUAGUUAUGGAAUAUGCAGCUGGUGGAGAACUUUUUGAAAGAAUAUGCAAUGCUGGUAGAUUCGCUGAAGAUGAGGCAAGAUAUUUCUUCCAACAGUUGAUUUCAGGAGUCAGUUACUGCCAUUCAAUGCAAAUUUGUCACAGAGAUCUUAAGUUGGAAAACACUCUUCUUGAUGGAAGCUCAGCCCCACGUCUCAAAAUUUGUGACUUUGGUUAUUCGAAGUCAUCUGUUCUGCAUUCACAACCCAAAUCCACUGUUGGAACACCGGCCUAUAUCGCACCAGAGGUCUUGUCAAGAAAAGAAUAUGAUGGGAAGAUAGCAGAUGUUUGGUCUUGUGGGGUUACAUUAUAUGUGAUGCUGGUUGGGGCUUAUCCCUUUGAAGAUCCAGAAGAUCCAAGAAACUUCAGAAAAACACUACAGAGAAUUCUGAGUGUACACUACUCAAUUCCAGACUAUGUUCGUGUAUCCAUGGAAUGUAAACAUCUCCUAUCUCGAAUUUUCGUUGCCAGCCCUGAAAAGAGAAUAACAAUACCGGAAAUUAAGAAGCAUUCUUGGUUUUUAAAGAAUUUGCCAGUUGAAUUCAUGGAUGAGGAGAAGGGAGGUGGGUUGGUUAAUAAUGAAGAAGACAAUGAGUACUCAUCAUCACAGAGUGAAGAAGAGAUAGUGGCCAUAGUUAAAGAAGCAAGGACUCCUGGGGAUGGUGCCAAACUUGGAGGGCAGUUUCUUGGUGGAAGCAUGGAUCUUGAUGAUGACAUUGAUGCUGAUGCUGACAUAGACGAUAUAGAGACUAGUGGAGAUUUUGUUUGUGCAUUAUAAGUCAAAAUGUAACACUAUAAAUAUAUAUAUAUAGUUCUAUAUAUAUCAAUCUCAUAAGGCAUUCCCUUUUCACUCUCCUUGAGGGAAUCCAUUAUCUCUUUCCCAAAUCACCAUCAUCAUAAUAUUUUUAGUUAUAGAACAAAACUUUUUUGUUACUAAUUAAUGUUACUUUUCAUUUAUAAUAUUAUUUAAAAAACUUUCCACGUUUUUUCACAAA